AUGGAAACCUUCUUGUUCACUUCUGAAUCUGUGAACGAGGGUCACCCCGAUAAACUCUGUGAUCAAGUUUCAGAUGCAAUUCUAGAUGCCUGCCUUGAGCAAGAUCCAGAGAGCAAGGUUGCAUGUGAGACUUGCACCAAGACGAACAUGGUUAUGGUCUUUGGAGAGAUCACGACUAAAGCAAAUGUAGAUUACGAGAAGAUUGUGCGCAACACUUGCCGUUCAAUAGGAUUUGUUUCUGGUGAUGUUGGUCUUGAUGCGGACAAAUGCAACGUCUUAGUUAAUAUCGAGCAGCAGAGCCCUGAUAUUGCACAGGGUGUCCAUGGUCAUCUUUCAAAGCUCCCUGAGGAGAUUGGUGCUGGUGAUCAAGGUCACAUGUUUGGCUAUGCCACUGAUGAAACCCCUGAGCUCAUGCCUCUUAGUCAUGUUCUUGCAACGAAGCUCGGUGCCCGCCUUACUGAAGUUCGCAAGAAUGGAACCUGUGCUUGGUUGAGACCUGAUGGCAAAACACAAGUCACUGUCGAGUACUACAACGAAAAUGGUGCUAUGGUUCCGAUACGGGUGCACACUGUUCUAAUUUCUACACAACAUGAUGAAACUGUUACUAAUGAUGAGAUUGCUGCUGAUCUCAAAGAGCAUGUUAUUAAGACUGUCAUCCCUGAGAAGUAUCUUGACGAAAAGACCAUUUUCCACCUUAACCCAUCCGGGCGGUUUGUCAUCGGCGGACCACACGGUGAUGCUGGACUUACUGGUCGUAAAAUUAUUAUCGAUACCUAUGGUGGUUGGGGAGCACACGGUGGUGGUGCCUUCUCCGGCAAGGACCCUACCAAGGUAGACAGGAGCGGUGCCUACGUUGUUAGGCAGGCAGCCAAGAGCAUUGUUGCUAGUGGCCUUGCUCGACGAUGCAUUGUUCAGGUCUCUUACGCUAUCGGCGUGCCAGAUCCGUUGUCGGUUUUUGUUGAGACAUAUGGGACUGGAAAGAUCCCAGACAAGGAGAUUCUCAAAAUUGUGAAGGAAAAUUUUGAUUUCAGGCCUGGUAUGAUUUCCAUUAACUUGGAUCUUAAGAGGGGUGGCAACGGCAGGUUCUUGAAGACAGCUGCGUAUGGUCACUUUGGAAGGGAUGACCCUGACUUUACAUGGGAGGUAGUGAAGCCCCUCAAAUCUGAGAAGCUCCAACAGUAA